UUAUUGCAGGAUCCUUCAAAACAUGUAUUCCAUCUUGUUACAGAUAAGCUUAAUUUUGGUGCCAUGAACAUGUGGUUCCUGUCAAAUCCUCCUGGAAAAGCCACAAUUCAAGUUGAAAAUGUUGAUGAAUUCAAGUGGUUAAAUUCAUCUUACUGUCCAGUAUUACGUCAACUUGAAUCUGCUGCAAUGAAAGAAUACUAUUUCAAGGCUGGACAUCCGACCACCCUUUCAUCUGGUGCAUCAAAUCUUAAGUACAGAAAUCCAAAGUAUCUUUCUAUGCUUAAUCACCUGAGAUUCUAUCUCCCUCAGGUAUAUCCCAAGUUGGAAAAGAUACUGUUUUUGGAUGAUGACAUUGUUGUUCAGAAGGACUUGUCUGGAUUGUGGGAUGUGGAUCUUAAUGGUAAAGUUAAUGGUGCAGUCGAAACCUGUGGUGAGAGCUUUCACCGUUUUGAUAAAUAUCUUAACUUCUCCAAUCCUCAUAUUGCAAGAAAAUUCGAUCCCAAUGCAUGUGGAUGGGCCUAUGGGAUGAAUAUGUUUGACUUGAAGGAGUGGAAAAAGAGAGACAUUACAGGCAUAUAUCAUAUGUGGCAGAGCUUAAAUGAAGAAAGGUUACUCUGGAAGCUAGGAACAUUACCUCCUGGUCUGAUUACUUUCUACGGACUGACACAUCCACUGGACAAGUCGUGGCAUGUGCUUGGCCUGGGUUACAAUCCAAGCAUUGACCGGUCUGAGAUAGACAAUGCAGCAGUGAUACACUACAAUGGAAACAUGAAACCUUGGCUGGAAUUGGCUAUGACAAAGUAUCGUGGUUAUUGGUCCAAGUAUGUCAAGUACAACCAUCCUUACCUUCGCCAAUGCAAGUUAAAUGAAUGAGAGGCUGGUUUUAACACUUAGAUAUUUUACUAUGCUGUGCUAUUUCUCGCUGAAACACAUUGGUUGGUUCCGACAUUAGAUUGGUGGGGGGCUAGGGAUCUCCUUAACAUGGUUUUACUAUGCCCCUCUUCCCUCUUUCUCUCUUUAUAAUUCAUUCCAUUCAUUCCCAUCUCAUACCCUCUGGUACAAGAUAUGAUAUUCAUUCCCUUUUUAACAUGUAAAUCCAUUAAUUGUAUUUGCUGUGUUAGCCAAGCUUGAUCUGGAUUACUGAGUCCAUACCAAUUCGCUGUAAUUUUGGACAACAGACGAUCUGCUUCUUUAAAUCCAUAUCCAUGGUAUAAAUUAUAGAUUCA